CCAUGAUGAAUGAUCACCGUAUAUGAAGCUCACAUUUCUCAAUGGCAUUCCAUUCUUGCACAAUCAUUCCAGCCAGCCACCAUAGCUCCAUGUCGUCGUCGACCUCACAAAUGGCGUCGCUCGCCGUGCUCGUCUUCCUGGUGGUCUGCGCAACGCUUGCGUCCGGUGCCGCCAGCGUCCGCGUUGGGCUCACGCGCAUCCACUCCGACCCGGACACCACCGCGCCCCAGUUCGUGCGCGACGCGCUGCGCCGCGACAUGCACCGGCAGCGGUCCCGAUCGUUCGGCCGCGACCGCGACCGCGAGCUCGCGGAGUCCGACGGGCGCACCACGGUGUCCGCGCGCACCCGCAAGGACCUGCCCAACGGCGGGGAGUACCUCAUGACGCUGGCCAUCGGCACGCCGCCGCUGCCGUACGCGGCCGUCGCCGACACGGGCAGCGACCUCAUCUGGACGCAGUGCGCGCCCUGCGGCACCCAGUGCUUCGAGCAGCCGGCGCCGCUGUACAACCCAGCGAGCUCGACCACGUUCAGCGUGCUCCCGUGCAACAGCUCCCUGAGCAUGUGCGCGGGGGCGCUGGCGGGGGCCGCGCCGCCGCCCGGGUGCGCCUGCAUGUACAACCAGACGUACGGCACCGGGUGGACGGCGGGCGUGCAGGGCUCCGAGACCUUCACCUUCGGCUCGUCCGCCGCCGACCAGGCCCGCGUCCCCGGCGUCGCCUUCGGCUGCAGCAACGCCAGCAGCAGCGACUGGAACGGCUCGGCGGGGCUGGUGGGGCUGGGCAGGGGCAGCCUGUCGCUCGUCUCGCAGCUCGGCGCCGGCAGGUUCUCCUACUGCCUGACGCCGUUCCAGGACACCAACAGCACCAGCACCCUCCUCCUCGGCCCGUCGGCGGCGCUCAACGGCACCGGCGUCCGCUCCACGCCGUUCGUCGCUAGCCCGGCCAGGGCGCCCAUGAGCACCUACUACUACCUCAACCUGACGGGCAUAUCCCUGGGCGCGAAGGCGCUGCCCAUCUCUCCCGGCGCAUUCUCCCUCAAGCCCGACGGCACGGGCGGCCUCAUCAUCGACUCCGGCACGACCAUCACCUCGCUGGCCAACGCGGCGUACCAGCAGGUCCGCGCCGCGGUAAAGUCCCUGGUCACGACGCUGCCAACGGUCGACGGGUCGGACUCCACGGGGCUCGACCUGUGCUUCGCGCUGCCGGCCCCGACGUCGGCGCCGCCGGCCGUGCUGCCGAGCAUGACGCUCCACUUCGACGGCGCCGACAUGGUGCUCCCCGCGGACAGCUACAUGAUCUCGGGGUCCGGCGUGUGGUGCCUGGCCAUGCGGAACCAGACGGACGGCGCGAUGAGCACGUUCGGGAACUACCAGCAGCAGAACAUGCACAUCCUCUACGACGUCCGGGAGGAGACGCUGUCGUUCGCUCCGGCCAAGUGCAGCACUCUUUGACGAUGCGAUAGUUGUACAUAUGUAUAUGUGUGCAUAUAUAGGA